CUCGCGAUUUGCAUGAAUUACGAACACCAGCAGAACGCCGCACGCUCGCAUUCGGUGACCGACCAACUUGCUGGAACCGCGUUAACGCGCGACUCGUCGAAGGGCGCGGCGUCGUCGAAAACGAGGCUCGAGCACGACUUGAAUGUCAAGUUGUCCGAUGUUUUUUUGGAACAGCACGCCGACCAGCGAUCCGCAGCGUCGACGCUAGAAGAGAACAAGUCCGCGCCUCUGUCACCGCGGUCCCUUGCCGACACGACAGGGGGCCGGCUGGGCGUGACUUCGAAGGAGAUGGUUACCAUUCGCGAGGAUGCUGUCAUGGCGCAGCUGCCGGAGGACGACAGUCGAAUGACGAGCAAAAACGGUCCCCUGUCCUCGUCACUCCGGUCCCCGAACUACAGCAACGGUUUGGGAAGUCCGUCCAGUCCCGCGGACAGUGCGCCGUCUUCCGAUCACACGAAUUUGCUUGCCAGCGCCGUACUGGGGAAGCGGGCGAGGAGCAAAAACAGUGGUGAGCAGAUGGACGGGUCGGUGUGCGGUAUGGAACUACAUCACAACGGAAUGUUGAACAACUCGGCAACGCCGGCCAAUGGAACUUCUACGCAAGAAAAGCAGCAGGAAGACGAUCUCCAGGAAGAAGUUUGCAGUUUGGCGAGCGAGAAGGUGGAGCCGCUGGAGUACCCGCCUAUGGCCUUGGAGUGCGCGCUACAACUGGGUCGUGGCGAGGUUUCGAUGUUUGCGGACGGCAAUGGUAGCAUGCCGGGCGCGAAGUCGCCGGUAACGCUCUCUUUGGUUCGGCGCGUGGCUCCGGUAAUCGUGCUGAUUCGGUCGCGGGGGAAGAUUCUGGUGCGUACCUGUGAAAUCAGCGAGGACGACCGGUUGGUGUCGACCGCGCCGCUGUUACCGGGCGCGAAGCGUCGGCCCAGCGAGCCUUGGCGGGAUUGCGUGUACCGGAUGUUGGCGGACGAUUUGCAUUUGGACGCCGAGAACAUUCUGAACAUCGAGGCCAUCAAGCCCCAGGCGGCGGACAGUGUGCAGGAGUUCUUCGAGCGGAUUGAUGGCGGCAUGAUGGUGCCAUCGGCCUCGUCUUCGAAGGAAAUAAAGGAAGAUACAGAGACCAGCCCGGCUUCCGGAUCGCUGGACCUCCAGCAAUCCACGCAGACUCUUCCCAAAACGCUUGCUCUGCCUCGUCCGUCGCUGCAAUCGCGAACGUCGACCUCCCGCGGAUCGGUGCUUGGCAGCAGCAUCUCGCUCAUGAUGCAGCGGCGGCUGAGCACCAGCAACUCGUCCAUUUCGGCGAUGAAGAGGUCUUCCAUUUUCUUCGGUGGUGGUGGGAGCAGUAAAACAACCCAACCGCAUGAAGCGGAAACAGGAGAGCAGGUGAAGAAGAAGAAAUCGGAAGAGAACAUCCGCUUCACGGUGCAGGAAACAAAGACCUCGCGGGCCGUGCCCGGACUCCGCACCCAGUACCGUUACUAUGUGUGCUGUGUCACGGUCAAGGAACCAGAACGAUGGACGUUUUCGUGCGAGAACGUGAUGAGUGCCAACAGUUCCGCCACCGUGUCGUACGACCCCGGAAGCCUCGGCUUUAUGGGCCCGCUCACCUUCGUGACCAAGCGCGCCACACCGCUGGGCGUGCGGACGUUCUACUGGACCUGGAGCCAGGAGUUCGAAAAGACCCUGAACGCAGUGACCCUGUCGCGGUUGGGCAUCAAAAAUUUGAAACCACGGCUGAGCGGCACCGCUUCGAGGCAAGGCGGUGUCGUGGACGAGAGCGACAGCGUGCAGAGCAAAGUAGGGAAAGUGAUGUCCGAGGUGUUUUUCAGCGGUGCGGUUGGCCGGCAGGACGAUGUUGAUCCAGAGCCGGGGGAGGCACAACAAGCACGCCAGGGCGACCAUGCUAGUAAUAGCCUUUGCGGGGCGACGUCGACCAAGCACGGAGUUGUUGUGCCCACGCCCACAUUCGCGAGCCCAACAGAACGUUGGGUGGAGGAAGCACUUUUGAACGCGCGGACAUUUCUGACCGCGGCUUCGUUCAACGCGAAGAGUAUCGACUCGCAGAAGGACAUGAAGAACAAGAAGCAGAUCGGCGUGGUGGCCAUGGGCAGCGACCAGGAGCUGCCCGUCUUUUUAGACGGCGCCGGGGACACGCGGUCCGAGCCCUUCUUUGUGCUACCCGUCCCGCCGUCCGCCG